UUUAUAAAGAGCAAAUUGGUUGUUAGACCAGAGAGAACUGUACGACCAAAACAUCAGAUAAACUCUUGAGUUCUGCUUUGAUAUAAACUGUAGUUUUGAUAGCUCACUGUUUUAUUCGUAGAAAAAGGUUGGUUGCUUUAGGACACCAUGGCCAAAGUUAUAUCCUUCCAUAUGCUACACGAUGCCAAUGUUUGUGUUUGUGUUGGAGGACAAUUGAUCGCACUACUUGAACUUGAACGGUUGUUUGAACAAAGAUAUUAUAACAGUCCAGAGGAUCGGGGGCCGUUCAUAACUCAAUGGAGAGAAGCAAUUGAAAAGAUUCAGAAGUUUACCGAAAUUUACGAAUAUGAUAUUGCUGUUACAAGCUGGAUAUCUGAAACCCCUCUUGAAAUUUUUAAGACCAUGGUCAAAGCUGAUAGAUGGGAGACUGCCGACCACCACGACUCUCAUGCCGCCGUCGGGUACUAUGAUUCGCCAUUCAACAAUGCAUUAAUUAUUUCAUAUGAUGGAGGCGGUAAUGACGGAUCAUUCAACGUCUAUCAUGCCAACAGAAGUGAUGGAAUUAAACAUAUAGAAGGAGUGCCAUUGAACUUGGGAUUGCGGUACAGAUAUCUGGCUUGUGCUAUUUCUGAUGUUACUAGUAAGAAAUUCAACCCGAAUUUGAUCCAUAAUCACGUUAGUAAAGACCAUCCUGCAGAGGCAUUGGCAGGCAAAAUGAUGGGAUACUCGGCUCUCGGUGACGUUCACAGCAAAUGGAUCCCAGCAUUCAAAGAUUACUAUAAGGGUCAUAGCAAUCCGUUAGGUAUAUUGUUUCAUCUUGGCCAAAAGAUAGGGCUGUCGUUGGAGGAAAAUGCUCUUGAUGAAAAGAACGCAAUGGAUGUAUCUGCCACGAGUCAAUGUGUAUUUACUUUGAUACUCUGUGAACAGAUUGACUUAUUUCUUAAACGAUACACCUCUGGUAAAGACAGCAGGAAACCUGAUGGUAUAGUUUUGACCGGUGGUUGUGCAUUGAAUGUAAUUGCCAAUCAAGUAAUAGUCAGCAAGUUUGGUUACCCUGUGCAUGUACCGCCAGCACCAAAUGAUUGUGGGAUAUCUGUGGGUGCUGCCUGGAACAUAGUUCCGCCAUCAAUUGCACACAGAAUUCACUUCUCUGGAUUGCCACUCUUUGAUGCAAAUAUGUUGAAUCAUUUUGUAAAGUUGCGUGAGGCAAGACAAGUCUCAGUUGCAGACAUCGCAAAGCUACUAACUGGAGGUGCAAUCAUAGGACUCGUUAGAGGACGACAAGAGUUUGGAACGAGGGCUCUUGGGCACCGAUCAGUAAUAGCAUUUCCAGAUAAAGCUGAUGUGAGGGAACGUGUCAAUGCUCUGAAGAGUCGUGAAUGGUUCCGUCCCCUCUGCCCUUCAGUUACGGUGGAAUUUGCUCCAAAGUUGGUAAUGGGCGACUGCGCAAAUUUUAUCACUGCUUUUUAUCAGAAGAAUACUGGUAACACUGUGGAGCCUAAACUCUAUCCACUGGCUGAUUGGACCAUCUCGUCAAAUCUGCGACUGUAUAACGGUGAAGGCUAUAAAGAAUGGGCACCAUAUUCACCUUACAUGUCCUUUGCUCCGCUUUUAACUGAGGAAUCCCAGAAAAAAUUUCCUGCAAUCACUCACUAUGAUGGAACAGCUAGAUAUCAAACUGUUUCAAAGGAGGAUGAUCCCUGGUACCACUCACUAUUGUGUGAGGUUGGUAAGAGAAAAGGUGGGAGCGAGAUUCUCCUCAAUACAUCUUUUAACAUCAAGGGAAAACCAAUCUUGAAUCGUAUUAGCACUGCUCUACAAAUAUUAGACGAAGCCCCUCCUGGUUUUCUAGAUUACGUCAUUGUUGAAGAUUGGCUUUUUACACCGAAGUCACAACAAAAUAAUUAAGCAAUGUUACCCAUUUUUAUACGUCAUGGAAUGUUUUAAACUAUGUAAUAGUAUGUUAUUUUAUUACUAUACACUUGUCUUAGUGUUUUCGUGACAGUUAAAUGACGGUGACAAUAUACCAUUUAAGUUGCCAUUUGUACAACAUUAGUCUUUAUUUUAGGGGUCUUAAUUA